AUGAACCACGGAGACCGCUACACCUCGUCUUCCUACCGGAAGAUUUUCGGGGAUUCUCCCAAGUUCCCCGUCUCCUCCUCUCGCAUGGGCAGCGCCUCUUCCCGGGGCUCCCCGGGGCUCCGCUCCAUGGCUGGGCCUCGCAACACUGCGUCCUCCAUGAGCCUGUACAGACGGGUCGGCCGCUCUUACUCUCCGGUGCCCGCAGACUCCCUGGACUUGACCCAGACCUCCGUGGUCAACAACGAAUUCAAAGUGAUUCGAACUAACGAGAAGGAGCAGCUGCAGGGUCUCAAUGACCGCUUCGCCAUGUUCAUUGAUAAAGUCCGACACCUGGAGCAGCAGAAUAAGGUGUUGGAGAAGGAGCUGGUGACACUGCGGCAGAAGCAGGGCGAGCCGUCCCGUGUCGCUCAGCUCUACCAGCAGGAGCUGAGGGACCUGCGGUCACAGGUGGAGGAGCUGAACAGGGACAAGAACCGCAUCCUAAUCGAGAGGAACAACACGGAGGAUGAGCUGCAGAAGCUCAUUGUGAAGUACGAUGAGGAGGCGAGGGCACGGGAUGAAGCUGAGCAGACCUUGAGGUCCUUCAGGAAGGACGUUGAUGACGCCACGGCCGUUCGUCUGGACCUGGAGCGCCGCGUGGAGUCGCUGAUGGAUGAAAUCUCCUUCCUGAGGAAUGUGCAUGACGAGGAAAUCCAGGAGCUGAACAGCAUGAUGGAGAAGCAGCAGGUCUCCGUGGAGCUCGAGCUUGCCAAUCCGGACCUCACCUCGGCUCUGAAGGAGAUCCGCAACCAGUACGAGUCCAUCGCCUCCAAAAACCUGCAGUCGGCCGAGGAGUGGUACAAGAGCAAGUUCGCCAGCCUCAACGAGCAGGCCAGCAGGACCAAUGAGGCCAUGAGGGCCAGCAGGGAGGAGAGCAGCGAGUUCAGGAGGCAGCUGCAGUCCAAGACCAUUGAGAUCGAGAGCCUGAGGGGUGCCAACGAGUCUCUGGAGAGGCAGAUCACAGAGAUGGAGGUCGCACACAACUCUGAAGUCACAGCCAUGCAGGACACUAUUGGCCACCUGGACACUGAGCUGAGGAACAUGAAGGGCGAGAUGGCCCAGCACCUGAGAGAGUAUCAGGACCUGCUCAACGUCAAGAUGGCCCUGGAUAUAGAGAUAGCUGCCUACAGGAAACUGCUGGAGGGGGAGGAGACUCACUUUAACUCAGGGAUGUCGUUUGGUGCUGCCACAUACAGCUACCUGCCUCGAGCCUCAGCCGGCUCCUCCAGGAGCAGCCCGAGGGAGAAAGAAGGGGCCACAAAGGAAAGCUUCAAGGAGAGCAGUGAGGAUAAAGAUGAGGCAGACAUCAACUCCAACUGAAGGAAGACAGGCAGAGGAAUCUGGAUAGUGAGAUAUGCUGUAUAUGUAUAGUGAGUUCAUAGUGACUGUAUUUGUUAAAGGCAACACUAAGACAAACAUUUGGAAUUGGAGCUGAAAGUUAAUAUUUUUGGUGAUAAUCAAUUUUCUCGUAGUUCCUGAGGUGUAGGUCUCAGUGUUUAGAAGAUCUUUGGACACCUUGUCAGUAUUACUGAGUUGUAACUCUAUAACACGAAACAAAGGAAUUUAUCUGAGCAUCUUCAGAGGAAAUCAUGUUGCAAAUAUAUAAAUAUGUGACCGGGUAUUAAAUGGGGGUAAAUGUUCAUUCGUUGCUGCUGCUGUGAUAUUGUACUGAAACUUGUGACAGGUAAGAAAAAAAAAAAAAAGAUUAGCACAGAUAGACACCAAGCGUUAGUUUCGUUCCACUUAUCUGUUGUUGCAGCGUGUUAUUAAUGAACUUGUGCUAUGAAGUUAUCAGACUGUAUCAGCUGUUGAGUUUGCUAUAAAGCAUCAUGCAGAGUUUGAGCUUUAGCAACUGUCUCCUUAUACUUAUUAAAGCACUUUAGGGUGUAUAGGGGAUGACAAUGUUUUAUGACAU